CACUCUGUGUGUGUCUGAGGCAGCACCAAGGUCCUUCACAGUUUCACUCUCUCUCUCUCAGCCUCCGGCAGCAAGAUUCGGGUAGAUGUUCACUCAUUUAAGAUGUUGAAGACGCACUUUGGGAAUCUGCGUAAAGUGGGGUCGGAAGGCUGCCUGCUGGACUGUGAGUUCCUACCCUGGACACGGCAGAUCCUGCCCUGGUGUAAACACUCAACGACCGACUGCCAGGAGGGGGCUAGGAUGGAGGCGCCCGCCACUGAGGAGGCGAAGGCGGUCGUCUGUGAGGAGGGUCAGAAAGUGACCAUUCCCGAGGUCCGGAUCGAGAAGGAGUACAGCCUGAGUGUCGACACGCUGCACCAGCUGGCCAGAGACAGCUAUGAUGAAUCAGACAAGAGCUGCGACAGCCUGGGGCCCGGGGGUCAGGACACGGCCUACCGGCUGGGGGUGGACGACCUGGGCAUGUGGCGCACCUACAGCGACGGCAAUUUGGCGCGCGACGGCGAGAGGCGGGACUUCAUCUCCAGCAGCCAGCUGAAAGGCAAACAGAAAACCGAGAGCGGCUGGAGUCUGCCGUCGCCAAAGACUCUGAGGAAAGAGCGGGCAUUGGCAAGAGUGGCAGCCGCCAAGGAACACCUACGCUCCAUCUUCACUGGGUCCCGCAAGCACCUAGCCUCCAGUGCGGAAUCUGACCUGGGUUUGGAUUAUGCAGAGAAUGGCAGCAGAUCGAGGCGGAAGAAGCAACUGGGCAGUCGCCUGGGCUUCCUCCGGAGGUGGAAUGAUGCCUGUGCUAAGAAUGACUUGAAUUCCCUGAGGCCGACAGCAGAGGAAGUCGUGCAGUGGGGAGAAUCCCUGGACAAGUUAUUAGCUCAUCGAUAUGGCCUGAUUGCCUUCAAAGGUUUCCUUCGCACGGAGUUCAGCGACGAGAACAUUGAGUUCUGGCUGGCAUGUGAGGAUUACAGGAACACCAAAUCCAACAGCAAACUCACAUCCAAAGCCAAGAAGAUCUUCGAGGAGUUCAUCGAUACCCACGCCCCCAGGGAGGUUAACCUGGACUCUCACACCCGGGAGGUGACCUCCAAUAAUGUGCUGAGCCCCACCCGCUCGACCUUUGACCUGGCCCAGAAGCGGAUCUUCGGCCUGAUGGAGAAGGAUUCCUACCCUCGCUUCCUGCGCUCCCAGUUCUACCUGGACUUGUCAGGCCCCGGGAAGCUGAACGGGGUGGUGUAG